AUGUCUUCGGGAAUCUAUCGACUGCUUUCUUUCGUUUCUGCGAACCGGAAUAGCUAUCUCAGUCAGCGUGGAAUGGAGUCGCAAGAGUGUCAGGCAGUCUAUGAGCCUUCUGUGCUCUUGAUCGUGGCUGGAGGAACUAUUUGCAUGCAGGUAGGUACGACCACUAUGCCCCCUGCUCCUUCGGGGGCAUAGGUUCCAGCACGCUAAGUGCUAUUUCUGGUGGUCGCCGGGGGCAUAGAUUCAAGCGCAUAGCAUCUCUGUCUUAGUAGAUGACGUUGCUAAUUUGUCGAACUACAGGACUCCGAAGACGGCCUCGUAACUUCCAAACUCUUCUUAGACUCCUGCCUAGCUCCGAAACCACUCUUCAACGACGGCACACCGAUUCCCACUUCUCCAGUGAUCGACGAACACGGCAUUCCCCGCGAGGCACCUUCACUGCGGCUCCCCAGGGACAGAAAUGGUAUGAUAUAAGCCAUCUCCAACAUUGCCAACUGUUUUUGAGCCGCUGCUCGGCUUGCAACCUCCUGGUCAUGCAUUUAUCACGCUUGGUAUGGUAGCUAACGAGAUCCUGUAGGUGCCAACGUACGGUGCACGGUGCUAGAGUUCAAUCCCUUGCUGGACAGUUCUACGGCGCACUCUCCGACAUGGAAUCAACUAGCACGGACUGUCAGCUCCAACGAGGCAAACUACGAUGCGUUUGUGAUAUGUCACGGUACAGACACCCUGGCGUAUACUUCUGCCGCCUUGUCCUUCAUGCUCAUGCCAAGUCUGGAAAAGACUGUGGUUCUGACCGGCGCACAGCGGAGCAUGUUCUUUGCCGACUCGGAUGGCUCGGAUAAUCUGCUCGGAUCGAUUGUUCUAGCAUCCCAUCUCAAGAUUCCAGAAGUCUGCGUCUACUUUGGCCACAAGCUGCUCCGCGGGACAAGGAUUACAAAGAUCUCUGCGAGCAGCUAUUCUGGAUUCGAGAGUCCCAAUGCAGGACCUCUUGCCACGGUCUCAGAGACGGGUAUUGUGGUGCAUUGGGAUAAUCUUCAGCAUCCAGAGGAAAGCGUCAUCGCUAAGGCUAAAGAGAGGAAAGCGAUUGUGGAAAUCGACAGCAGCAAAGUGGUCGUAUUGAAAGUCUAUCCGGGCAUCACUCCAUCCGUUGUCGAAGCCAUUCUCUCGCCUCAACACAUUCAAGGUGCGGUUCUGGAGACCUUCGGCGCGGGUAACUUGCCGCUGGACAUCCUUCCAGCGCUCUCCAAGGCAGUACAGAGGGGCGUUGUCAUUGUGAAUGUCACGCAGUGUCUGCACGGGAGCGUAAGCGACGCGUAUGAGCCGGCGAGAAAGCUAGUGGAGGCUGGAAUCAUGCUGGGGUACGACAUGACCAGCGAGGCGGCUUAUACGAAGAUGGUGUACUUGCUUGCGUGCAAGGAACUCUCCUCCGGGGAAGUGUCGAAGCAGAUGAGCUCGAAUAUUAGGGGUGAACUGACGCCUCCUCAGGCGCCUGUCAGUGGAGGGCCCUUGUCGAUUGCUCAACUGCCUAUUCGAUACGAAAGGACGAUGCCUUCGCAUCUCUCCUUCGAUUUUGGAUCCCACCAGGCUAGCCGCCUCUAG